AUGAGUACAGAUUUCGAACGUAUCUUUUUGAACCAGUCCAAGUCCAGCGGGAGGUUCCGGAUAGCGGAUUCUGGUUUAGGAUGGAAGAUCUCGAGCAGCGGUGGUUCAGCAGCAGGACAACAAAAAGCGCCAUUACUUUUGCCCGCAACGGAACUUGCAUCUGUGCAAUGGAGCAGAGGGUGUAGGGGCUACGAAUUGAAGAUAAAUACAAAAAAUCAGGGUGUUGUACAACUAGAUGGGUUCUCACAGGAAGAUUUCAAUCUGGUUAAAAAUGAUUUCAAAAGAAGAUUCAACGUCCAAGUUGAGAGUCGGGAUCAUUCACUGCGUGGGUGGAACUGGGGGAAGGCCGAUAUGGCUCGGAAUGAAAUGAUUUUCUCAUACAAUGGAAAGCCAACUUUUGAAAUUCCAUACACUCAUAUCAGUAAUACCAACUUGACAGCGAAAACCGAGGUGGCAAUAGAAUUCGAUCUCACCAAAGAAGACUAUAAUCCAGCGGGCGACGAGCUCGUGGAGAUGCGCUUCCACGUUCCAGGCACCAUUGUGGAAGACCAAGACAACGAGCAGGACGAAAAGCCUAAAAUUGAAGGCGAACAAGAAGGUGUGGAAUCGCAAAAGGAACAGAAGCCUGUCGCGGAAUCCUUUUACGAGGAACUCAAAGAAAAGGCCGAUAUUGGUGAGGUUUCAGGAGACGCCAUCGUUUCCUUCCAGGACGUUUUCUUCACUACUCCAAGAGGGCGCUACGAUAUUGAUAUUUACAAAAAUUCUAUCAGGCUAAGAGGUAAAACUUACGAGUACAAAUUGCAGCACCGCCAAAUUCAAAGAAUUUUCUCUUUGCCCAAGGCUGAUGAUAUUCAUCAUCUAAUGGUGCUGUCAAUCGAGCCACCACUACGCCAGGGUCAAACUUCAUACCCAUUCUUAGUAAUGCAAUUCCAAAGAACGGAGGAAACUGAAGUGCAGCUAAAUGUUGAAGAUGACGAAUUCGAAGAGCUUUACAAGGACAAGCUCAUGAAACAGUACGAUGCACAAACACACGUUGUCCUGAGUCACGUUCUGAAAGGUUUAACGGGCCGCAGAGUGAUUGUUCCUGGUCAAUACAAGUCGAAAUACGAUCAAUGUGCCGUGUCAUGUUCUUUCAAGGCUAACGAAGGUCAUCUGUAUCCCUUGGAUAGUGCGUUCCUUUUCCUAACCAAACCAACUCUGUACAUGCCAUUCAGCGACGUCAGUAUUGUCAAUAUUUCCAGAGCCGGUAAGACUACUACAUCGGCAAGAACGUUCGAUUUGGAGAUAGUAAUGCGUGCUAACGGCGGAUCCACAACUUUUGCAAAUAUUUCCAAAGAGGAACAACAGCUACUGGAGAACUUUCUGAAGUCCAAGAACUUGAGGGUCAAAAACGAAGAAAAGGAAGCACAGCAAAGAUUGGAAAAUGCGCUUGGAUCUGACAGUGGGGACGAAGAUGUAAAUAUGGGUUCUGCUGGCGAAGACGAUGAGUCUGUUGAUGAGGACUUUGAUGCCGGUUCGGAGGACGACGAUGUCGCUGAAGAGUUUGACUCUGAUGCCCCAGCCAGUGACAGCGAGGCCGAAGGUGACGAAGAUAAUAGCAGGCCGGUCAAGAAGUCGAAGCUUCAAUAA